UCCCCCGUUCAGAAUUGGAGGACGGGCUUGGAGUCAGACAGCCUUUUCCCCAUAACAAGCACUUUCUUCGCGGCAUUCAAGUAUAUGGAGGAUUUACUUCAAGUAUUCAACAACCAUUUCAAACUCUUUCAACUUAGGCUACCGGUACCGUAUGCAGACUCCCACAAAGAAGAUGCCUUUGAAGACCAUUAAACAGCUGGAUGAAGACAACAAGGCAACGGCCGGCGUGUACGACCACUCAAAUGCAAAACUCAUCACUAAGGAGAACAAAGUUAAAAGAUAUAGGAAGGACGCAUUUCUUUCAGCACUCCCAUACAGGAGGGCACUUUCUUGCCACCGGCAUGCUGGGAACAAAACGCAAGCAUCAUCAACUGCUCCUCAACAGAAAUGCCAAUCUGCAAAUAGAAGAGCCACCAGAAGGACAAAAAAGAAACUUAGGUUUUGUGUCCAGACUCACCUUCCACUCGUACCAAAGACCCUUAGUUUUGAGCUGGAUCCCGAAACACCAAUUGCCUCCUUGAAAGGGUUGAUUCGCAGGAAGCUCGGUGUCAGGCCUCAGCAUCAACGUCUGUACGUCCGAGGAAAUAUUCAGCUCUGCGAUUUGCUAACACUUCACGAGAAUGGCGUUGACAAAGACGAGAACAUCUCACUGUCAACUGAUGAUGCCACUCAAGGCGGACUAAAUGAACUUUGCCAGGCAAGAGACAAAGCAGAAAGGCCCCAGCCAGAGCAACAUGAAGAAACAAAAGCGGAGGAACAGAGCAAACAAAAAGGAGAACCAACUUCCGAGGCGCAGACUCAGAUGAAAGAGGCAGCCUGUAAAACUGACGGACCUCAGGCUUUGCGAUAUGUGAAACAGAAGCUGCAGAUCUUUAUCCGGAAUCCGCUCCCUCGUGGACCGAAAGCACUCUGUUUUCAACUGGAUCCAGAGAUGUCCAUCUCAGCCUUAAAAAAAUUAAUACACAACAAGAUUGGUGUCCAGCUCCAAUAUCAGUGUUUGUACAUCAGGAGAAAUUGUCGUAACUUCAAGCUCUGUGACAUGCUGACACUGAAUGACUGUGGAAUACAACAGGAUGAGAAUAUAUUACUUCGUCAGUCAACCGACUGCCUACGCGGUGGUGGACCAAAAGACAAAGGCCAAGUUGAUGAUGAGUUGCUCCGGGACCUGUCCUCCAAAGUUCAAGAUUUCUGGAUAGAACUGGCAAAAGUUCUAGGAUAUGAAGACUCAAAAAUCAAGGACUUCCAAACCCUCCGUAAAAACAACAAAGAACGCAGCCACAAAAUGCUACUGUCCUGGUGGAAUGGGCAGGAAAACCGUAAAGAAGGGCUUGAGAAGCUAAGAGAGGCGUUGCGGGCCAUCGGGCUUUCAGAGCAGGCCCUGUUGUUACCAGAAACUUGUCAAGAGGAUACAGGUUUCGCGACAUCAAAUGAGGGUGAGAGACUGAAACAGGACCAGGCUUGUAGUUUGGAGACAUCUGAGCCAGUGAAACAAGAAGGCGUAGGAAUACAAGACCAGAACACGCAGCCACAGUCACCGUGCGAGGAGAAGGCACUAGGACAACCCCAGGCUUUUUAUCUGGAAAGACAGAAGCCAAACAAACAAGACGAGGAGGCAAUAGAAGGACACAGCAAGCAAAAAGGGGUUGCAUUAUUGAAGGAGCAUCAACCCCCUCAAGAGCAGGUUUGUGAUAACGACAGGAUACGAGUGGCAAAACACCAUGUACAUACUCCAGGACAGACGCAGAUAGACAGUGUACACACGGGUCAGACUGAGGAGACACAACAAGAGGAAAUGGGCAGGGAACUGCCAACCUUGGGCCAGCAGCAGGUAACGGAUAACCCAAGCAUAGUUCAAGGUAUCAUUGAUUUGGUGGCACAGCUACGUGUAGGAACACCGUCAGCGAUAUCAGCUGUUCACAGUCAUGGAUCUCUGCAACCGGCUUCCGUUGGCGCCAUAAACGUUACUGGUGAACAUAACUCUACGAUUGUGGGCUCGACUGUUAACAUUAAUCUCAACGUGCAAGAAAGUAGUGCAGGACGGCCUUUGGUAAGAAUGAGAACGGAUGUCACAAACACGGACGAAAUUGACGACAUUUUAACUGAGAAGUUGGAGGAUUUUAUAUUAUACCAAAUGAGAAUUUAUGGCCCAGAAGUUGUUGCCGAAAAAAUCCUCAAAAUUCUUGACAAAUGGCAACAAGUGAAUCUUCACGAUGUGACGCGCGGAUCGGUGACGUUCAUCUUUCGUGUUGAGAGUCGGGUCGGUUUGGAGUGUCUAUGGCUUACGUACUCUACUGGAGAACUCGCAAAGAAACUGACAGAGAUUUUCAUCACGGAUGAACUUACAACAGAAGAUAAGACUGGCUUGGCCAUCCGAGUGACUAUACCGGAAAAAGACUAUGAACAGGCCUGUAGAUUUUUCGAUGAGCUGGAAAAGUAUGAACGUAAUGGACAGGAUGCAAGCAAUAAGACGAAAAUGCAGCCAGGACAAUUCGGAGAAGACGACUCAGUUACUACGACUGGUAGUGACUAUCCCGCUGAAGUGGGUGCUGGUCGAUUUGAAGAGGCAACAAAGGCAUCACGUAUGACCAUAGGUGGUGAGAAGGACAUAAGCGGAGCGAUGAAAUUGCCACAGCAAAAGCAAUUUCGACGAUCCAGCUCAGAAACAACGGUUUACAGUGGCGACCCAGCCGAACAUGCUGCUGAUAAAUGCGAAGAGGUAUUAAAGACACUGUACACGACAACAGGAAAAAACAAGACGGCAAUCCAUUUGAAGUGGUCUUUCUCUCUGGGCGAGAUGACGAAGACAGAGCCUUUCUUUUGGAAAACAUUACGUACGAUUGGGCAGCUGGUUCCAGUCCCGUACUGCAGCAAUUUAAGUUUGUUGGAUCUCUGCGAAUGGGACCCUUUCACCAGGAGUCUGACCUCGUUGGCGCGAUUUAUGAUCAACUGCUGAGACUACGUACAAACAUCAACAAAGCUGAUUUGGUUUCGUUUAUUGACGCCAACCCCCAAAAGGUACUUGUCAUUCUCGAUGGGAUUGACGAGUUUCUGACC